AUGAGUCGCGACAUGGUUUCCUAUAAUCACGAGGGUAGUCCUCUAGUUCCAGCGCCAGCAUAUACGACAAGACCACGCAUCAUCAACCAAGGUCACAUGAACAUUGAUCCCAACUACAAUGCAGACAUUGAGAUAGUCAACAUGCCUGGAAGCACGAUAAAUCUUACCGGGGCACAACCGACCCCGGUUUCAUCGGAGAGUGGGCCGCGAAAGCCCCCAUCAAGUGGUCUUCUCCCAACCCCUGCUAUUCCCACCGCCAUUCCGCAGUCGACUGCCGUUCCUCGAUUCUACUGUCUAUCCUGCAAAGCAAAGUACUUUACUCAGGAAAAGCUGGACGAGCAUGUCAAAGGGUAUCCGAAUUACUGCUCGGUAUGCAAUGCCUGUCGUAAGCCCGACGGGCGAAAUUAUUGUUGCUGGAGCGGUGGCUAUCGGAAUUUCUGGAGGAAAGGUAAGGGCGGAGCGGUUAGAUGA